AUGGCUGCAAAUGAACCAGGUGUAUCAUCAUAUACCAGAGAAGAUAACAACAAUUGGAGAAAAAAUUUGAUUUUCCAACUUCAAGAAAGAAAUAGAAGACAAACAUAUUGUUUUGCGGAUCUCAUUAGUUUACAUAACAGAUUAUUUGAUAGUGCAAACACAUUGCGUGGAGAAAACAUUCAACUAACCAUAGCGAAUGAAACUCUUCGACGUAAUGCAUCCAGUGGAACUCCUCUAUUAGGUGCCAAUGCUGAUUUAGAAUCUCGUCUUCUGAAACAGGCAGAAGAACUAGCAACAUUACAUAAAAGGAAAGGAGAGCAUACACAGCAAAUAGUAGAUCUUAACAAUAAAUUACAAGAAAUGACAAAGGAGCUUCAAUCCAAGGAAGCCAGUCUCUUUGAAAGCGUGGAGCUCAAUGCCAAUUUACGUUUAGAAAUAACUAAAUGCCUUAACAGAGAAAAGGAGUUAGAAGGUAUUAAUCAAAUGCUAAAAGAUGAACAUCAGGCCCUACAACUUGCUUUUGCAUCUUUAGAGGAAAAACUUAGGAAAGCACAGGAAGAGAAUCGUCAAUUAGUAGAACGUUUAAUUAAGUACAAAACUCGAGAUGCGGAAAAAGUGAAUGAAGAGAAUGACAACUUUUUGAAUGAGAGUUUUUCCAGCCCGACAGCCUUUUUGAUGCAUACCUUGUCAAAAUUCGGAAAGAGGCAGGCAAAGAUGCAAAAGGAGUUGGAGGACGCGGCACGCGACACACAACCCGUUAGUCCGGAUCGUUCGAGUUUAAAAGAAGGAAUCGCUGGUCUUCCUACCGCUGUACCGACAAAAGUGUCCGUUACGUUUAACGCACACGACGGGGAAGUUUAUGCCGUAAAGUGGUCUCCCGUCGAGAGGAUCCUCGCAACCGGAGGGGCUGACAGGAAGGUGAAGCUGUGGAACAUUACAAAAGAUGUUUCAGAGGGUAAAGGAAUCCUCGUCGGAAGUAACGCUGGAGUGAUGUCGGUCGAUUUCGAUUCAACGGGGACGCUGAUACUUGGAGCAUCCAACGAUUAUGCCAGCCGGGUGUGGACUGUCAGCGAUCUUCGUCUAAAGGGUGACUAUGAUUAA